AUGCCCGACCAAAUAUCCGUUCUCUUCGUCUGUCUCGGCAACAUUUGUCGCUCACCUAUGGCUGAGGGUAUCUUCCAGAACCUCGCUAAGCAGCCGAAUCUCAAAGACAAGAUUGCCCGUAUCGACUCUUGUGGCACGGCUGCGUACCACAGCGGCGAACCUCCGGAUGAUCGAACCAUGGACACCCUCGAGGCCAACGGUAUUAAUGACUACGACCACCUCGCCCGGCGCUUCCACCCAAGCGACUUCACCACAUUCGAUUACAUCUUCGCCAUGGACAGAUCAAACCUCUCAGACCUUCUUCGACUACAGAAGAACAACCCCGACUCUACCGCCAAGGUGAUGCUGUUCGGAGAAUACAGCGGCACAAAGCGACCCGAGAUAGUCAAUGAUCCUUACUAUGGUGGAGACGACGGCUUCAAGAAGGCUUACGAACAGUGCACAAGGUUCUCCAAGAACUUUUUAAAGGAGAUUCUUGGAGAAGAGUAA